AUGUCUAUCAAGGUAGACAUGAUCUCUGACAACUUCAAGGCGCUUCCCAUAGACGUCAGGUUCCACGUAAAGAUCGCCAGAAGCGGGAGUGUAACUGACCUUGGUUUUCUUAAUGCUGAUUGUCAGUCCAAAUCAGUUAUUUUCUUACAUAUUCUUCCAUUCUGCCCUUAUAAUUCUUCAGUUAUUUUCUCACCUUUUCUUUCAUUUUGCCUUUUUUUAUUUUCUCACCUUUUCUUUCAUUUUGCCUUUGUAUUUCUGGAUAUACUUUCUGACCUUUCCUUCCAUUCUGUCUUUAUAAUUCUUGAGUUAAUUUCUUACCUUUUCUUCAAUUCUACUUUUAUAAUUCUUCAGUUAUUUUCUUACAUUUUCUUCCAUUCUGACCUAAUAAUUCUUCAGUUAUUUUCUCACCGUUUCUUUCAUUUUGCCUUGUUAUUUUCUCACCUUUUCUUCCAUCCUGCCUUUGUAAUUCUUGAGUUAUUUUUUCCCUUUCUUCCAUUAUGCCUUUAUAAUUCUUCAGUUAUUUUCUCACCUUUUCUUCCAUCCUGCCUCUGUUUUUACACACUUUUUUUCAUUUAUAAAAAAUGUUCGAUUUAUUCUUUACCUUUUCUUAACUUUUCUUCUAUGAUUUUAUUUUUUAUUUUCUCUUUCUUUUCUUUCACUUUUACUCUUUUCUUUUUCUGCUGUUUGUUUUAUAUUUUCUUUUCUUUUUACUGUCUCUAUUCCUCAACUUUCUUUCUUUAA